CGCAAGCCGACCGGUGAACUCCGAGAUCCUGCGUGUCUAGGUUGGAUGUAGGAGGACUCCUGUUUGGGGGCUACGAGCAUUGGCGCUCCUGGUGCUGCGGGGCGGUAAGGAUGCCCAAAGGUUUUACGGGUUUGGGACAGCAGGAGUCCAGGCGCUUGCUGGGCUCAGGACUCUUGGUGGGAUGAUACUCGCUGCCCAAGCAGACUUCCCUGUCACGCCAUGGACCCCGAGGUGUCCCUCUUGCUGCUGUGCCCUCUUGGGGGACUGUCCCAGGAGCAGGUAGCAGUAGAGCUGAGCCCAGCUCACGACCGUCGUCCACUGCCUGGAGGAGACAAGACCAUUACUGCCAUCUGGGAGACCCGGCUACAGACCCAACCCUGGAUCUUUGAUGCUCCCAAGUUCCGCCUUCACUCAGCCACCCUGGCAUCCAGCUCACCUGGGCCACAGCUGCUCCUACAUCUGGGUCUCACUUCCUACCGGGACUUCCUGGGCACCAACUGGUCCAGCUCAGCCUCCUGGCUGCGGCAGCAGGGAGCUACAGAUUGGGGUGACAAGCAAGCCUAUCUGGCAGACCCACUGGGGGUGGGCGCCACGUUGGUCACAGCUGAUGACUUCCUUGUCUUCCUGCGCCGCUCUCAGCAGGUGGCCGAGGCACCUGGGCUGGUGGACGUGCCCGGUGGGCACCCUGAGCCUCAGGCCCUGUGCCCUGGUGGCAGCCCCCAACACAAGGACCUCCCUGGGGAACUGGUGGUUCAGGAACUGUUCUCCAGUGUCCUGCAGGAGAUAUGUGAUGAGGUGAACCUGCCACUGCACACCCUGAGCCGGCCACUGUUACUGGGCAUCGCUUGCAAUGAGACCAGCGCGGGCAGAGCCAGUGCAGAGUUCUAUGUCCAGUGCAGCCUAACUUCAGAGGAGAUCAGGAGUUACUACAUGAAUGGGGGACCUGAGGCCCACGAGUCUACAGGAAUCAUCUUUGUGGAGACACAGAGGGUCCAGAGACUGCAGGAGACGGAGAUGUGGACACAACUCUGCCCUUCAGCCAAAGGGGCCAUCCUCCUCUACAAUCGCCAUCCGACUCUACAGUCGGGUCCUGGGAAGUCCCACCUGAGUAAUGCUAGCGUCCCGGCCCUAUCACUACAGCUCUGAAGACAAUAAAGGACUUUUAUUCUUGG